CCGGUGAGGACAACAGGCGGGAAGCUCGUCUACCGAUACGCCGCACCGCUCACUUCCGGCGGCUCUCCGAAAAAAAAGGCCGCGUCAUUUCCGGGAACUACCUCCCGACUCCGAAACGUAAUUUCCGGUAUUUGGCAGUCUAGUUUCCGCCAACCUUAGCGGCGCUUCCGCCCUCCGCUCCUCAGACUUCCGGCGUAGCCUGUCAGACUCGUCUCCCUGGUGACGUCGAAAAGCGCCGGGGCUGCGGCCGUAAAGCGGCUGUCAUGGCGGACCUUCAUCCCCGCACCGGCAAGCUGGUUAUCCUGAGCAACCAGAACCGGACCGCCACCCGCAAACAGCCGGCCCAGGAGUUCAAUCAGGGCCUGGUACUGAGCGGGAGACCGCUAUGCCCGGGGGAGGUCUUCACCGUCCGCCUGGACCGCAAGGUGGGUCUGGGGGGACGCCGUCCGGCUAAAUCUGGCUUCUCAGGGGGAGGGGCAAUUUGGUGGGACAACCCAGUGGGGUCAAAUCUAUCUCCUCGGGGGAGGGUCUCCGUCCUCUCCCUCAGUGCCACCGGCCUGAAGGGCGGCUCCUGGAUCGUGUCCGGCUGCUCGGUGCUGGAAGACGGCCGCUCCAUCAUGGAGGAAUAUGGACAGGAUCUGGAUCAGUUGGGGGAGGGGGAUCGGGUCGGAGUUCAGCGCACGUUGUCCGGGGAGCUCCACCUAUGGGUGAACGGGAGGGACUGCGGAGCCGCCGCCAGCGGGGUCCCCCCGGGGGUGUGGGCCGUUGUGGACCUGUACGGGAAAUGUACCCAGAUCACCGUCCUGACCUGUCAGCCCCCCCCGGAGGAGGAUGAAGAGGAGGAGGAGGAGCAUAGUGCAGGUGAGGAGCCCCCCUUUAAUAUCGUCUUCAUUAUAGAGGUGUCAUACCUGUCUGAUCACAUGACUGACCCGCUCUCCCCUCCCCCUCAUGUCUAGUUUCCCGGCACCGAGCUGCCGGCUGUGGUCAGUAACGCCAUCUUGUCAGCGUAUCAUGGGAGUCUCCUUAGCGUCAAUCUGGGCUCUCCUCCGCCCUCGUCUGAUCAGUCUCCUCCCACUUCCAAUGACGCUCUGCUCUUCCAUGAGAAGUGCGGUACUCUCAUCAAGCUCAGCAAUGGUAACAAGACGGCAGAGAGGAGGCGGCCUCUGGACGAGUUCAACAACGGUGUGGUGAUGACCAAUCGGCCGCUGAAGGACGGGGAGAUGUUUGAGAUCCGCAUCGAUAAGCUGGUGGAUAAAUGGUCGGGGUCCAUCGAAAUCGGGGUCACCACCCACAAUCCCAACAGCCUGGAAUAUCCUGCCACCAUGACCAACCUGAGAUCAGGAACCAUCAUGAUGAGCGGCUGCGGGAUCCUGACCAAUGGGAAGGGGACUCGGAGGGAGUACUGCGAGUUCAGCCUGGAUGAGCUGCAGGAGGGCGACCACAUCGGACUCACCCGGAAAUCCAGCGGAGCUCUCCAUUUCUACAUCAAUGGCAUGGACCAAGGCGUGGCCUCCUGUCAGACUCCUCCCGUGGUGUAUGGCGUUGUGGAUCUCUAUGGUAUGGCUGUGAAAGUCACCAUCGUCCAUAAUCACAACCACGCUGACCGGCUGCGGAGGAAUAACGCCAUCCUGCGGGCGCGAUCACCUGAUGCCGGGCGCCAGAGCUCCAACACACCGGAUCCGGGGCAGCUGCUCUUCCACCCCAACUGUGGGCAGAAAGCUUCAAUCAUCAACGGGGGGCGCACGGCCCUGCGACCUCAGUAUGUACCUGUGUGGAGGCCAGAGCUAGAGCUCUGUGCAGGGGACACGGUGGGAGUGGUGCGCAGAGAGGACGGCACGUUGAAUUUCUUUGUCAAUGGCGUGGCGCAGGGCGUGGCCGCGUGGAAUGUCCCCACCAAUGUCUUUGCUGUGGUGGAUCUCUAUGGGCAGGCGGCACAGGCCACCAUACUAGACGAAACAGAUGCGUUGCCCCUCCCAGGAGAAGAGGAAGACACCCUGGCUCUGACCCCCGGGACCCCGUGCGCUCUCCAGUCUCUGUCUGACCUGCGAUUCCAUCACCUCCAUGGUAGUAACGCCCUGAUAACCAAUGGGGGCCGCACCGCCCUGAGGAACAACUCGCGCAGUGAAUUCAACGACGCCAUCGUCAUCUCUAGCAGGCCUUUGAGGGACGGGGAGCUCUUUGAGAUUGUGAUACAGAAGAUGGUGGACCGUUGGUCGGGCUCCAUAGAAGCGGGUAAGGAUGCGGCUGGAUGGGGGAGUUAUGGGAUUCCUAUAGUACAUAAGGAUUGGAGUCACGUGUUGUGGGGUGCCUGA